GAAACAACGAAACGUUUCAUCUACUUUUGUCCAUCAACUUACUUCUUAACCGUUUUGUACUCUUUGACCGCCUUAGUCUUGUCUUAGUCGUACACGAGUCCCCUUCUUCCACUAGUCCCCUUAUGAUUGUUCCAAGGCGUCCUCAGCAUCCACCACCACCCAUCUCACAAACCACAGAGCUGGCUCUGCAUCAUUUCUCUCUAUCUUCUACACCAGUAUCACCUCCAAGCACGCCUCCAAGAGGUCACAGUCACAAACCUUCGACCUCGAAGCCAAUGAUCUGGCUGACUCGCAAUACAAGUUCUUCCUCCAAUACUUCACCACAUGGUGUCGCAGCUGCACCAAUUCGCAUAUCAGAACCCAGGUUUGACAGCUCCUUGGAUAUAUUUAAUGUCAGACGUAGUGGGCCUCUUGGAAGUGGCGCCAUGGUUGUAAGGACACCGCAAGAGGCGCUGUCCGGUACGAGCACCCUGUUUGACGAUGGAGAUGAUGGCGGACAACGGAAAUCAGCUUCUGAGGCACCCUCUGAGGAGGCAAUGGGCUUGCCUAUGCUUGCGGAUGGUCCGCCACCUGUGCCGUCGAAGUCUUCUCUCGAGUCGUCAACUCCAACUAUAUCCGCUUCGACACAUAGUAGUUUAUCGAGUUUUCCGGUAAAAGACACAUCCGCGCCGCCAUGCCCAAGCCGUCCUCCUCCCCCUGCGCCAUUGACGACAUCUACAGUCCUUCGUCCAGUCAUUAAAACAAAGACCUCCCCGUCUUUGGCAGAAAAUCUGCCACCCGUACCACCACUUCCCGUUAACGUCUCUGCUACGCCACCCCAACCUCCCUUCGAAUCUAUUCUGCUGUCCCCUGUCCCUAGCAGUGCGAUUGAUCCUUCCAAGAUUAUCGUGACCAUAGAGACAAGUUCAGCUACGCACCGCACGACACUCCGUACUCUUAUUUCAAGGCCUUCUUACCUCUCAAACUAUGUCACUUCCCUCUUACCACGAAAAUCAGUUGCGGCAUCGUUGUACUCCAAUGCAAGCGAUGUUUCCGAGCUUCCAGACAACUCGUUCAAUGCUAUGUUUCAUGAUCAUUUAGCGUCUUCUGGGUUUAUAUCCCAGUCAACCAUGAAUAUACAUAUAUUCCUUGACAGGCCAAGUGCUCCAUACGUGUACAUCUUGUCGUACCUCCGCACUCCCCUCUUCACUUCAGAACACCCAGCCAUCAUUCCUAGAGCUGUUCAACUUGCGUCCUCGUCACGGGCAAGGCUUGAGGCAUUACUCGAGCUUCGCGACGAGGCCAAUUAUCUUGGUCUGGACGAGUUGUUCAGACUAUGCAAUGACGAGAUAUGUAGUAGACGCAGUACGGCGAGCCAUGCACGCGCUGGAAGCAUGAGUAGCUCCGCUUCCAUCCACUCCCUGCACACCGUCCAGGAAGGAGGUGAACCUCACGACAUGGGCCGUUCAUCUUCUCGCUCCAGCGGAAAAUCGACGCGAGGGACACCUUCGUCGGCUGCUGCACCUCGUGAACGCAGCCAGGACAGAGUAGAGUACCGAGCGAAUACCCCGAACUCCCGAAAACAUGCAAUUACUUCUUGGAUAUGAUAUGCGUGACGAUUGACAUGACUGACUUUAUUUCUUUAGUAAUUAUCUGACUUGUCCACGGGCAUCUUGCAUAUGCAUAUACUUAUUCACACUCAUUCACUGCAGUGCUACAAGGUACUCACCGUUAUCAUGUUGUAGAGUAGGCAAUACAUUCAUUCGUUUUGAUUGAACAUUC